GAGUGAUAUUUUGUAUAAUUUGCAUAGGAUUUAAUGUAUUAAUUUAAAAUGGUCGUGAAUACGAGUGUAAUCUCAUUGUUGUAAAAUAUAAUAAAGAUAGUAAUAGUUUUUAAUUCAGAAAUUAUCUUUUAUGACGCGUCAAUAUAUAGCAAGGGAAAUUAUGUUAUAAAAGAAUGGAAAAUGGCUUUUUGUCCUAUUAUCAAUAUUAGGUGAGACUACGGUUUACGCCGAGAAACGUAUUAAUUUUGGGAAAAUAUUGGCGCUGGUGAGGCGUAAUGGCCGGGAAAACCAUAAAGUAGGCAGUAAAGAGUAAAAGGGCGGAUUAUAUUAUUUAUCUACUAGCUUUUACACGUGGCUUUUAGUGGGACCGGCUUUCAACAUUUUCCUUCGAACAUAUUUUUCUUUUCAAUUAGAGAUUUUCCUUGUGUUAGACACUUUGUAACAAAAACUUUGUUAAUUUUUUUAAGGAUAAGAGAUAUUAAUAAAUGGGGUGGGUUACUUAAAAAUAUAUACGUGGCCUAGCUGUAGCUAUAUUUAUACGAAUUGAAAAUAUAUUUUUGUGUUAUAUAGUCAAUUUCUUAGGGAGACCUUUAGGCUAUAUUAUACGUGGAUUACGCUACGAUUGAACAAAGCUAUAUUCUCUCUACUGUCGGGCAUACUCCGGCUGUACCAUUUCUUGUUUUUUGAGCAAUAAACCUAAAUAUCUUGAGGAAAGCGAUUAGUCUUACUUAGACCCAAUAAUCGAUGCUGUGUACCACAAAGAUAAACAAAAAUCGUAAAACAGACGCGGAACUUUGAACAAUAUAUUAUAGAUAUAUAUACACAUAUAAAAUAAAAUAUCUGUUUAUUUCAGAGUAAUCUGAACUGUUUCUCUAAAUGUAACUUCAUCGCCUUAUAUUUUAUACCCGUGUGUGUGGAUUAAGCGUGCAAGGCGCACCUAAACCUCUGUCACAAGUCACAGCCGUGAACAAAUGGACUUUUUUUCUAUGUGUGCAAUUAAGACACGGCAAGGAAAAAAUCGUGCCAUGCCUUAGACUAAAAUCGACGUGUUUGAAGACAUCACAGAACGCCAAUAACUUUCUUACUUAUUAAAGAAAAAAUUAUCACCAAGAAGCGCCACUGGUUUCCGUUUAUUAAAUUUAGCAAGUUGCUCUUUCCCAUUCGUUUGAAUAGUAAAGACAUCUUUAAUGUUAAAUUAUAACGGGGGCAAACGGGCAGGAGGCCCGUUUCAUGUUUUUUGUACAGCAGAAAAAAUGCAGCUUUAUGUACAACUUAUAAUUUAAUACUAGAAACCGGUGAAAGGUUAAAUGAAUGCGUUUUUAAUUCGGCAAUAUUUCAUAUUAUGAAUAUUUACGGAAGUAUGAGAUUGAGUGUUAACUUCCUUACUUUGUCUUAAUACCAUUGUCUCUUGUUUUGAAACAUUUCGAGCUGGCUUAAUAGGGAUUUUGAUUCACUAACUCUAUACCUUCGUGGUUGAUAGUAGAUUUGGUACUCAAUUAUGUCUUAUAAAGCUAAUUUAUACUUUGUAGGGCUUUUACUCAACGUAGCAGAAAGCAUAUUGUUACAAAAUACACAACUUCGUCCAAAUUGCGAAAAAGGUGGGUCGUUAGUUGAAGAUUUCUUCAAUGUCAUUUUCACUGAGUUUCAACAUAUUCCUCCUAUCUGCGUAUGUGUUCAAAUGUGUUCAGACCAGCCGACUUAUUGCUAUCCAAAUGGAUGCUUUAAGACAUCGGUCAUAAAGAAAAAAACUGAAAGCCCCGUCUCUAGGAUUGAUAAUAAAGUUCAUGGAAUGUUUUUAGUGGAUCAAAAUAAAGACUUGUUGGAGAUGUUAGAGGGCCAUAUGCUGAAAGACGAACGUUCUGUGACGACCGAGAGGCUACUAAAUGAAUUCACAUUACGUCCGAAUCCAUUUACUGAGUUAGUCUUCAAGCAAAAGAGGCUGCCUAAAUUGAAAAUGCGGUAUAAUUUACGAGAACAAGUCAAGAAUACUAAACCGAGGAAAUUGAAGAGAGACAGUGUGAAUCUUUCGAAAACACGAUGGCCGUUAAACAAACAGAUUAUACACAUUAAACACCCGCUCAACCAAAUAAUGCAUAAGAGAGAUGAUGACAAGAAACAAAUAAACUUUGAACCGACGGUACGUCAAGAAACGACAAAUUAUACUCCCAAAUACUUCAAAAAGUAUUUGGCUAAGCGGGAAAAUGGGGACGUUAACGUGGAGGCAUUAUAUUUGUAUAAAACAGAUUCCGCAAAUUUUUCUUUAGAAACCUUAAUUGACAAUAUGAUUGAGGGCAGUUUACUUGAAAACACAAACAAUGUUAAGCUCAAUUUGAAUAUAAAUAUGAAUAAUUCAGAUGAAUUGUCGGAAACGCGUAAGUUGCCGCGAAAUUUUACAGAUUUUUCUAGUGACAAAAUUGAUUUGGAAGUUAUAUCCCUAAAUUCAAGUGAAUUUGAAUGUGUUAAGUAUAUAGAGGCAUUAGAAAAUGGUGAGAAGAAAAAUAUAACGAAGAUGAUAGAAACAAUGUCAAAUGAAAUUGAUAAACAGAAUAAUAUUAGUGUUGAAAUUGUUCAAAAGAUAACUGGUACUAAAUUGGACCCCAAUGAACAGCCAAAUAAAAACAACAAGGAUGUCUAUCCGAAUACGACUUCAGAACUUAAAAGGAUUAAUAGAGCCAUUUUGGAUUCAAUAUCCGAGAGAAAUGUCCCUAUGGUCCGGAAUACGAUGAAGAAAAGUAAACAACGAGUUGUACGUACAUUAAGGAAAGGGAAGGCACAUUAAUAUUAAAUAAGGAAAUACUUAUUUAAUGAUUGUCUAAAAGAUAAAUAUCAUUUAAUUUACGUUGUACACGAGAUUAUAAAAAUUAAUUUUUCUUUUUUACGCUUUAACCCUAUCUAAAUAACAAUCCUUUUAGGUAUGCAAAGGCCCAAGAUGGGUUUCAAUUGGAAGAACUUGUCAAAAAUUAAGUUGAUUUCAACGUAGAUGCAGUUAUGUAGGUAACACAGCAUUUUACUACAUAAUGAAAAAUAAAACAUUUACUAUAGGUAUUGAAAACGGUUAAAGUCAAUAUUUUUAUAUUUUACAAUCUAAUUAAGAUUAAUUAUAUUAUAACUUUAUGUAAUCUGUUAGAGAAAGAUCUUACAGAUGUUCAAAAACAAAAUAAGUAAUAUCUAAGUAAUUAAUCACUCAGUGUUAAAAAAUAAUCCAUAUCCUAAAAAUAAGAUAAUAUAUACAUUUGGUUAUAAUAUUUGUUAUAAAGGAUAUUCUGUGUAAUUGUCGAUUUCCAUAACAUAUUUUCUUACGCGAGGAACCUGCUUCUUAUAUAUUAGGUCCUUACAUAUGAAAUUGGCGUUUUAUAUGGGAGGAACAAA